AUGCUUAAUUUGUUUUUGUUAAAUAUUAAUUUGUCAUGUAUAGAUAUUUUAAAUCGAAAAUAUUUUGAAAUUGGAAAAAAUAACCUAAAAACAGAAUUAUGUCUCAUACGUGGAAGAAUUCUAGCAGAAGAGCAACAAAUAAAAAGAAGUAGAGGAGUAAGAUCAGCCAAUUCAAUUGAAAAUAUCUUUAAAAUUUGGUUAGAGUCUAUUGAAGGAGAAUUUUUUGAUGAACUAGAUAAAUUAACUAAAAAUUUUACAGCUAAGAAUGCUCAGGAUUUUUUAGAUUGGAUGCAUAAAAAAGGUGGGAUUAUUACAAAAACAUUAAAUUUAUCACCAGGUCCUGAUGAAAAGAGUUUUUUAAAUAAUACCUUGGCUUCAUGGGAAAAACUUACAGAAGAAACUCUAUUAAAUUCCAUAAAAGAUUCACUUCUCCACAGAAUGUUAAGUCCAGAAAAUGUAACAACAAAUAAUAAUGGUUCAUCAAUUACAUCUGCAUCAUCUAACCCUACAUCAUCUAAUUCUACUUCAUCACCCACACCUACUCAAUUAUAUGGCUUAACUACAUCGUCCAUAUAUACCUCAUCAGUUGAAUCAACUGUAUCUCCUACAACUGCUUUGCCAUCCUCAAGUGAUUUAUCACCUACAACUUCAUCUGGUUCUCAUAUUAAUUCUACUACCUCUUCUACAAAUGAUACAAGUGAUUUACCUACUGUUCUUCCUACAAGUGGAAUGAAUAAUUCUACUACUAUUAUGAAUAAUUCAACCGCAUUAAUCCCUCCACAACAUGGUGGUGGCUUAACUAGUACAGCAUGCGUAGGAUUAUAUUGUGCACCAGCUUUUGCUGCUCUUCCUGUUUCUCUUGCUCUUCUUGGGGGAGUUUUAGUUUUUGUUCUUCUUUAUAAGUAUACUCCUGUUGGCAAAUUUCUUGGAAGAGAUAAUCCAAAAAAAAAAAAAGCAAAAAAAAGAUUGAAUGAAAUACCUAUGGAAAGAAUAAAUUCUCCUAAAUUAUUAAAAGAAGAAAAAACGGAAAACGUAAAGAGAAGUAGAUUAGAUAGUUUUCUUCGUGCGUUUGGUUACAACAAGAAAUUUCCCUAUAUAGAUGAAGAUGUAACCUCAGAUCAAUUAAUAUAA